AUGGAUCCCGGCUGCAGGCGGCCUCCGAGCGCCGUUGCCCAGCAUGCCGGCGGGCUGGUCCUGCCAUGGCCUCAACCCCAGGCUCAAGUUCGCUCCCUGCCGCAGUCCCUCCUAUGCAAGGCACACGCAGCACAAGUCUCAUCAUCUCAUGCGCUGGUGCCUGCCUCGUGGCCAUCCCCGUUUGCCGCGUCCACGUCUCCCGAUGAGUCCCCAGAUUCUUCUUGGCGGCCCGCGGCGGCCAUCAGGUUGGCAGGCGCGCCGCCGUCGUCGCCGUCGUCCUCGUCGUUGUGGCCGCCGACAUCGCCGUCAGCUGGCGGCAAGGCGCUGACUCCCCCCGGGGGGAGGCCGCAGGAAGUUGGAACCGGUGACUCGGGGAUAGGGCCCGUCAGAUCCGGAUCGGGCUUCAGCCGCGAGUUAGGUCAAGGUUCCCGGGCUGACAUGUACGGCAGGCCACGUAAGCGGCCUGCGCUGGGCGCCGAGGCGGCGGUGGCGUUGGCGAGGGUCGCCGAAGGUGCUGCGGCGGCUAAUCGCUGUCGCGCCGUACAAGGUGUCGGACCUUGGGAAGGCAGCGGCAGUGAUGGCGGUGGAGGAGGCGGAGGAGGAGGAGGUAGCGCCGAGUUUCUGUUUCUGAGUCACCCGGCUAAGGUGAUGCGGGCCAUCAAGGGCUGCGGUAGUGUAGGAGAGCUGUACCGGCUGUACCGCAUCGCGCAGGACCGCAUCGCACCCGCGGACCUGUCCACAAGCAGCAGCGCAUCGUACGGCAGUACGACGGUGACCACGGGAAGCAGGGGUGCAGGGGAGGGCCCUAUGGUUUGCUCUGCGGCGGCGGGUGACGCCGGCAGUGGCGGCGGCGGCGGCGUGCUCAACGAUUUACAUCUCGUAGCCGUACUUACACAUCUGGCGCAGCUGGCGGCAGCGGAGCUGCCGGCCUCUGGCGGCCGCCGCCGCCGCGGCGGCGGAGCCGCCGCCGCCGCCGCCGUGGGGGCGGUGGACAUGGCCGCAUUCGGGUGGGAGGUCGCCAUGGCCAUCGGAGUUCGCUUGGCGGCGGGAUCCGAGGUCCUUUCCCAGCCGCGUGCCGCGAGCAACUCCAUGUGGGCGGCGGCGAAGCUGGGCCUUACCUUGCGGGCGGCGUGGUGGGAGGCGCUGGCGGCGCCGCUGCUGGCGGCGGCUACACCGCCGCCGCCGCCGCCGCCCGGGUCUAACGCUGUCGGCGUUGCUGCUACUGGAUGGCUGCCGCCACUGCCGUGUUCUGGAAGAGACCUCUGCAACUCCGUCUACGCGCUCGGAGUGGCUGCGGCGGCGGCGACGACGUGUGGCGGCGGCGGAGGAGGUAUUACGUACGGCGACAGUAACAGCGGGCUGAUGGCCGCCAGCGGCGCGGCGCGCCGCUUCGAAGCCCGGCUACGGUCCGUUGGCGCUGAGCUGCUGGAGGCCUGCAGCGCGAACCGAUUGCGGGUGGUCGCCAAUGUGCUCUGGGCGCUGCAGCGGUUCGACUGCCGUACGCCGCCAGCCGAUUUGGUGACGGCGCUACUGCAGGCGGGCAAGUCCAUGAUGUCGUACACGGCUGCCGCUUCGGUGGAAGCGACGGACGGGGUGGAUGGGUCAUGGCUGCGAGGCGGGCCGCAGGCGCAGCAGCAGCAGCAGCAACCUCCGCCGCCGCCGCCGCCGCCGCCGAUGCUACAGCUGCGGCCUCCUGCGCAAUACGUGUGCCAGCCGUCCCAGGGGUCGCUGGCACCGCACCAAGCGCAAGAGAGUAAGCAGCAACAGGAGCAACAGCAGCAGGAGCAGCAGCAACAGGAGCAACAGGAGCAGCAACAGGAGGAACAGGAGCAGCAACAGCAGCUCGGUAAGCGGCUGCUAUCCGCCGACAUGCUCGUCACCGUGGUAUGGUCCGUGGGCCGACUGAAGAGCUUAGGGGCGCUGCACGUGGAGGGCAACCGGCACGCGGCGCCACGGCAACCCUAUUUGGGUAAGCAGCAGCAGCAGCAGCAGCUCCUCGCGGGCGCUGCCGUUGGCGGCAGCAGCAAUAUCGACGGCGGCGAGAUAUCCGCAGCGGUGUACGACGGCUUUCUGGAGGCGGCAACGGACGCUGCCGUCGGUGUGCUGCGGCGGCAGUUGGCGGCGGCGGCAGCGCCGCCCCCGGGGGACAGGACACGCUGGGCGGCGACGGCGGCGGCGGCGGCGGCGGCGGCACAUCUGGGCCCUCGGUCCCUGGCGGCGCUGGCGAACGGCCUGGCGCUGUUGCAGGUUGCCCCGGGCAACGGCGGCGGCGGCGGCGACAGUGUGGGGCUCGCCACGGCGACCCAGACGGUGGCUGACGUCGCAUCAGGCCGUAUCGGCGGCGGCGGCGGCGGCGGCUGUUCGGAUGCCGUACUGGUCGGCACCGUGUGGGCCCUCGCCAAAUUGCGGUACCUGCCGCCACAGGAGCUGCUGGCGGCGCUGGCUGUUGCCGUACGCGGGCGCAUCAGUCGCCUGCCGCCGUCCUCCCUGGCGCAGCUGCUGUGGUCCUUGGCGGCGCUACAGCAGCUGGAUCCCUCCCUGGAGAGCGGCGGAGGUGGCGGAGGCGGAGGCGGCGGCGGAGGCAUUCUGACGUUGGCGCCGGGGCUGCAGCGGCGAAUCAGGGCCGCCGUGGAACGGACCUGCGGUACUGUCGCCGUCGGCGGCGGGGAAGGUGUUAUUGUACGGGCGGUGACACCGCCGGGGGAGGAUGCGGGGGGGAAUGUCGUACUGGCGGCAGCGGCAGUGGACCCCGUGUUGCCGACGCGAGAUGGCGGCGGCGGCGGCGGCAAUUGCAGAGUGGCGGCGCCGUUGCCGCCGCGGACGGUGGUGCAGCUUGCGGGCUCUUUGCAGCGGCUGCGGGUGCCGAUGCCGCCAAUGCUGCCGUACCGCAUGGCGGCCACGCUUGUACGGCCGGCCGUACAACAGCUGACGCAGGAGAUGCGGGAGCAGCAACGGCAAUUGUCGUACAGUGGCGGGAGGCCGAGCGACUUGGGGGAGGCCUCCGCAACGACAGUUGCCGUUGCAGAUAAGUUGUACGACAGUGUACGGCUGCUAGGCGCGCUAGCGUCGGCGAUGGCGGGCUUGCAGCACACCUCCCGCCCGCCCGGCGGAUCUCGUUUCUGGCGAAGCCGCCUCCCCCCCCGCCGCAGUCGUGGCAUUGGUUCCGGAGCCGGUCCAUGUCCACUCCCUGCCGACCUACGACGCACGGGAUUACGCCUAGCGCUGUGGAAUGCGGGGCGGGCGGCAGUGCGGGCGGCGGCGGCGGCGGCGGAGAUGAAACACGGUCCGCCGCUGGUUGCCUUGCGGGACUGGUGCGCCUAUCUGGCAGGUUUGCGGCGUCUGGGCUUCCACCUGGCCCCCGACCUGGCGACAGCCGUACUGGAGCACCUGUCGAAACGUGGGCAGCUGGCGCAGCUGGCGAGGUGCAGCGCGAGGGAGCUCGUUUCGCUGGCCUGUGAGCUGUCGUACAUAGCCGUACGGAUGUACGGGCCGUCGGACAAAUACGGUGUGCCGAUGCAGUACGUCUUGAGGCGACCAAGGCGCCUUGCACCUCGUAUCGCAGCGCCACCUCUCCGAUUGUGGGAUCCAAGCGAUGAUGAGCUGCAGCGCCCAUCCCCAGCCGCCACGCCCCUGGCCGCUGGAGGAGCGGACUCGCCGCACCAAGAGGGGUCACGUCGAGUUGCACGAGCAUUGCCACAGCUGACGGACGCGGCGCGAGCGGCGCCCUGGAUGCGUGACGUGGUGCAGCAGCGCCUGCGCGGCGGCGGCGACAGGAGCGUCUAUCGCACUCGCGUCGGCGGUCGUACAAAGACCCGUGCGGCGGCACCGCCGCCGCCGCCACCUCUGGAGGGCCCCGGGUCAACAGGCCGGGUCAAGGAGCGGCGGCACUACCAACAGCCCCAGCAUCUACUCAGCGGCACGGGCGCUGUACGGCCGUACGGAUACAAUCCCAACGCGGCGGCUUUGUACGGCGGCGCUGGUGGAGCGAAUAGUAAUGGUAAUGGCACUGGCGGCGGCGGUCGUCCUAGGGCGCCGACGGCGGCGGUGGCGUUAUCUGGGGGGCAGGUGGUGGCGUUGUCGUACUCUCUGGCGCGCCAUCCGCCUCCGCGGCCGCCCCCGGAUCGCUGGAUGCGUCUCAUGCUGUUGGCCUGGUUCCUAGGGGGACCGACUCUUUCUCCACGUGCCGAUGUAACGUACGAUAACCCCUCGAAGGCCGUGGAGGCUGACCUGGACGCCCUGGGAGCCCGCGACUGCGCCGACCUGUGCGUGUCCCUGGUGCGGCUAGGCUGCGUGCCGGGGGGAGACUGGCUGGACAGAUUCGGAGUACAGGGCCCGGAGUUUAUUUAUGUGCAAUUUGAGGUUCUAGAGAUCCCAGAGGAGGAGGUGUCAUUGAUGGCCCGCGAGCAGCCGCUGGGUGGUACCGUACCGUACGACGAUGAAGAGGAAUCCCGUUUGGAGAAGAAGAUAGCAUGGGAUCGGACGGAGUAGCAGUCGGGAUAAAACUCUAAAACUUUAAAGCGAAUCUGGGUGGGGUGAGAGGCGGCCGAGAGAGCCGGGUUGGAGUCUUGAAGUUCUUGAUGUGUCUUCUGUGUCCAUCAUAUUUUGCGAACCCCGUACUAACUAUAUACAUGCCGAUGGCCGCAGUUUCGAUAUAAAUGUAUGUAUAUGUAUAA